AUGGUCCCCAAAACAUCUUUGCCUUGGGCAAACACACGCAACUCUUUCAGACCAAUCAUGGAACAAUUUUUUGCUGAUUUUGAUCAAGUAAAAGGGCGAAUAAAUAUUUCUGAAGCUAUGCCUAGCAUGAGCCAGAGAAAAAUCAUCAACAAAAAUGAAAAGGGAUUAGAGGAGGCGUACAAAGGGGUGGGAAUUCAUAGCCAACUUAGAAAAAUAAAACAAGAGUUGGAGAAAAUCAACCGGCUGGAGACAAGACCUGCGGUGGAGAUUAGCCGCCAACAUGGGCGGUCCAGAUCGCCGUUAGGUUUAACAGAAAAGUCUAUUCACUCAUAUGCAACUAGCUAG